AUGGCUUCACCGGCGAAGAGCAUAUCCGCCUAUGGGGAGGCUCGUUCAACCGUGCAAGGAAAACCUCUGGAUGCCGAGGAGGUCCGCAAGAUGACCGCAUACUUCCGCGCCAGUCUGUACCUCUGUCUCGGCAUGCUUUAUCUCCGCGAAAACCCUCUUCUCAAGGAGCCCCUCAAGGUGGAGCAUCUCAAGGCACGACUCUUGGGUCAUUGGGGUUCCGACGCGGGUCAAUCCUUCACCUGGUUACACAUGAACCGCCUGAUCAAGAAGUACGACCUUGACGUACUCUUCGUUUCCGGUCCUGGUCACGGUGCUCCCGGAAUUAUCUCCCACUCAUAUCUUGAAGGUGUCUACACUGAGGUCUAUCCCGACAAGAGCGAAGAUGAGGAUGGCAUGAAGAAGUUUUUCAAGCAGUUCUCUUUCCCCGGUGGAAUUGGAAGUCAUGCUACCCCCGAAACCCCCGGCAGUCUUCACGAAGGUGGUGAGCUGGGUUACUCCAUCUCCCACGCCUUUGGUACGGUUUUUGACAACCCAAAUCUUAUUACCUUGACCAUGGUCGGUGAUGGCGAAUCCGAAACCGGUCCUCUCGCGACGAGCUGGCAUAGCACCAAGUUCUUGAACCCAAUCGUCGACGGCGCCGUUCUACCAGUCCUCCACCUCAAUGGCUACAAGAUCAAUAACCCGACAGUCCUUGCUCGAAUCAGUCACGAAGAAUUGACGGCCCUGAUGGCUGGAUACGGCUGGAAACCAUACUUUGUUGAGGGAAGUGAUCUAGAUACCAUGCAUCAAGCCAUGGCUGCGACCCUCGAGAAGUGUGUACAGGAGAUUCGGGAAUACCAACAGCAAGCACGUUCGUCGAAGAAGGCAUUCCGUCCUCGCUGGCCGAUGAUUGUUCUCCGCACUCCUAAGGGAUGGACUGCCCCGCGAGACGUCGACGGCAAAUUCCUGGAAGGCUUCUGGCGGGCACAUCAGAUUCCCAUCACCGAUGUCGCGACCAACCCGGGUCAUCUUAAGGUAUUGGAGAACUGGAUGAAGGGCUACCAGCCUGAGGCUCUCUUUGACCAGAAUGGUUCAUUGAUUCCCGAGCUUAAAGAGCUUGCUCCUACCGGCAAUGCCAGAAUGAGUGCCAACCCUGUUGGCAAUGGUGGUAUUCUGCGCAAGCCGCUAAUCCUGAACGACUUCCGAGAAUAUGCCCUCAGGGAUAUCGUUCCUGGGAAGACUAUCAAGGGCGGCAUGGCAAACAUGGCCAAGUUCCUGCGUGACGUUGUGGGCAAGAAUAAGAACUUCCGUCUUUUCGGGCCUGAUGAGACCGAGUCUAAUAAACUUGCCGAGGUCUACAAGGAAGGCAAGAAGGUUUGGAUGGGCGAUUAUUUUGACGAAGACAAAGACGGCGGAAAUCUCGCGCCUGAUGGUCGGGUCAUGGAGAUUCUCAGUGAACAUACUUGCGAAGGUUGGCUUGAGGGGUACAUCCUGUCUGGACGUCACGGAUUGCUGAAUAGCUACGAGCCAUUCGUCCAUGUCAUUGACUCAAUGGUCAACCAGCACUGCAAGUGGAUCGAGAAGUGCCUGGAAGUCGAAUGGAGGGCUAAGGUUGCCUCUCUCAACAUCCUGAUCACGGCCACAGUCUGGAGACAAGACCACAACGGGUUCACCCACCAAGACCCCGGCUUCCUCGAUGUAGUCGCCAACAAGAGCCCAGAGGUCGUCCGGAUCUACCUCCCACCCGACGGUAACACUCUUCUAUCCGUCAUGGACCACUGCCUCCGCAGCGUCAACUACGUCAACGUUGUCGUAGCCGACAAGCAAGAUCACAUCCAAUUCCUCAGCAUGGAUGAAGCAAUUGCGCACUGCACAAAGGGUCUCGGAAUCUGGGACUGGGCCAGUAACGACCAAGGUGCCGAACCAGACAUCGUAGUCGCGUCCUGCGGCGACGUCUCGACUCACGAAGCACUGGCCGCAACAGCGCUCCUGCGCGAAAACCUCCCCGAUCUAAAGGUCCGCUUCGUAAACGUCGUCGACCUCUUCAGACUCAUUUCCGGAAUCCACCACCCGCACGGUAUGCCCGAUAGACAAUGGAAGGCUAUCUUUACGGAUAACAAGCCCAUCAUUUUCAACUUCCACUCUUACCCCUGGCUCAUCCACCGCUUGACCUAUAAGCGACCGGGACAGCAGAACCUGCAUGUGCGGGGUUACAGGGAGAAGGGCAACAUCGAUACCCCAUUCGAAUUGGCUAUGCGCAAUGGCACGGAUCGGUAUAGUCUUGCGAUUGAUGCGAUUGAUCUUAUUCCGGAACUGGUCAAUAAGGCUUCGAGUGUGAGGGAGAAGCUUGUUAAUGCGAGGUUGGCAGGUAAGGCGCAGGCUUUUGAGAAUGGUAUUGAUCCCGAGCAUAUUCGGAAUUGGGUUUGGCCUUUUGCUAGGAAGUAG